UUCUUCAUUUACAAGCCUCUUUCAUCCCCUGAAUCCCAGUAUAAAGCCAGCAUCAGAAGAUCCCAGUUUUUCCCCUGAAAGAAGAAGUAAAAUGGCUGCAAGUGCUCCUGUUGCAAUAGGUACAAGGGGAACUGUAGGAUCACUUGUGAGGAAAGAGAUUGAGUACUUCGCCAAGCUUGAGAUCGACACAAGAGGGAGCUCCUCCGGAAAGGCUCAUGGACUUCUUGUGGAUGUAACUUCCUGCAGUGGUCAGUCAAGAAGGCAUGCAGGUCUCUGGUUCUCGAUGAUGAGCUGGAGAAGGAAGAAGCAGAGAGCCGGCACAGGGUUUUUACCGAGCAUGUGUUCUGCUGUGGAAGUUGCAGACAGCAAUCAGCUCAAUGGUAUUCCUGGGUUCCAUUACAGGAUCCUUAAAAAUGAUCAGAACAAUUUCCAUUUUUAGUGAUCUUUCUGAGCCAAGUGCUCCCCACCCUUGAUCAGGUCUCCAUUUUCAACAAUUCAGCUUUUCUGUCAUAUUUGCAGCUGCUUCAAAAUUUGUCAGGGAGAGCACCAGAAAUUAUCUUUCAUGGAUGAAAUUAGAAGUUUGAUGUUGCUUUUAUGGACUACUGCAUAAAUAUUCUUGUUUCUGCAAAAGCCUCUUCAUUCAGCUUUACCAAGUCAUUAUCUUUUUUGGUACAUACCAAGUCAUUAUCUUUCCUGGGUGAAAUUAGAUGUUUGAUGUUCCAAUUGUUGCUGGAAAUGAAACCUUCAAAUAGGUGUAGCAAUGGCCAGUUUAUAUAUCCUGUUAAUUUAGUGUCAAGACUUCCAUUAAAAGAUCUUUACAUGA